GUACGUAGGUGCAUAUUAUAUCGAUAAUAUGUGACUGGAUUGACCCAUCUUGAGAAUACUGCAUGGAUCUACAGUAAUGUGUUUAUCAGUAUUCUCAAAUCGACCUUGUUAUAACUAUCCUUAGACUUGAAGUUAUUACAUUCUCUGGAAACGAUAUUCCUACUUUAACCACCGUCAAAACGUGGUUGAGUAAGAGUUUCUCUAUGAAGGACUUGGGAGAUGCCAGUUAUGCACUUGGCAUAAGGAUCUAUAGGGAUAGAUCACGGAAGCUGUUAGGUCUCAGUCAAAGUACAUACAUAGACAAUGUCCUCGCUAGAUUCAGCAUGUCUGAGUCGAAACGAGGAAGUUUGCCUAUGGUCCAAGGCACGAGUCUUUCCAAGACUCAGGGUGCUUCCACUCCGGAGGAAGUAGAACGCAUGAGAAAUGUUCCUUAUGCGUCGGCCAUUGGAUCCAUUAUGUAUGCGAUGGUAUGUACGAGACCUGAUGUCGCCUUUGCUCUGAGUGUCACGAGUAGAUACCAGUCCAACCCUGGCGAAAGCCAUUGGACGGCUCUGAAGAACAUCCUUAAGUACUUCCGUAGGACUAAGGAUGCCUUCCUGGUAUAUGGCGGAAAAGAAGAGCUCAGUAUUGUUGGAUAUACUGAUGCCAGCUUCCAAACUGAUAGAGACGACUUCAAGUCGCAGGCAGGCCUCCCGAGAGACUCUCUCGAGCUACACUACUAUCUCGUUAAGCUUACGGGUGCUUAACAGACCGUUACAACUUGAGAGUUCGAGUCACACGAACCUCAACGAAUCCUUCAAAGGAAACAGACCUUCCUUUGAAUCAACGAGAGAAAUACUUUCUCUCAACGUGUCUAAGAACACAAGUACACUCAAGAACGAGACUCUCUUGUAGAGUAGAUUAUGAGUAAACUAAGUACGCUCAAGAACAACUCAACCUUCACACACAAAUGGCUCUAGAAAGCUAUGGAAAAUUAUGAUAUUUGAAUGCAAUGAAAGUAUGGAUGUUGU